CUUUAAUGUUGCCACCACCUUUUAUUUUUUCCCUCUAAGCUCCACACAAACACAACGCAGACGACCACUCUUUUUCCUUACCAGCUGACCCACUAAACAUAUUUAUUUCAUUAUUUAUAUCUACACACACUGAAUGACACAAAGUCCUUUAUUUUGUCAAAGCGUAAUCAUGUCUUUUUUGGAUUGACAUGGUUUAUCUGUUGUCUUCUCUGUUUUCAAACCCAAACUAAAGGCAGUAUUCCUUUUGAAUUACCCACCAAUAAAAGUAGAAGAAGGAAAAAAAGACAAACUAGGUUGAAUUUGAAGGGAGGAAAUUAAUCAUAAACAAGUGUUGCAAACUUGAGGAGAAUAUGUGUUCAAGAAUAAUCAUGCGUUGUCUACAGUUAAUUCACCUGGCUGCUCUUGUACUCUGUUCAGAAGUUUCAAGCCUCAAACUAACACCAGAGCCAACUACACUACUACAUCCCCAUGAUCACGAAAACAUAAAAUCGCACGACUCCGUAUUAAUUUCCGCUCGGCAAAAUGACAUAACUACCCCUAUCACGACAGUCCCGACAGGCAACCCGUCGACCGAGUUUACGAACCCAAUUUCCUCAAAUCCCGAGAAGCCGAUGGUAACGAACCCUAAUAAUCCCCAAACUACCCCUUUACAAACGAACAAGCCCCCGAUCGAGAGUUGGUGCGUGGCCAUGCAAUCCAUGCCGCUUGCUGCAUUGCAAACUGCAUUGGACUAUGCGUGCGGCCAUGGUGGGGCAGACUGCUCGGCCAUCCAGCCUGGCGGCCAUUGCUAUUACCCGAACACGGUCCACGACCACGCGUCUUACGCGUUCAACAGUUAUUAUCAAAGUAAUCCGAUUCCGACUAGCUGUAAUUUUGGUGGGGCCGCGGUGACCACAAGCACCGAUCCAAGUUACGAUUCGUGUCAAUAUCCGUCGACAAGCACGAGUUCAUCUGUACUGAAUGUAAGUAGUUCGAGUGGAUCUCGGGUUUUUGGAGCCGGUCGACCGAACACCCCUGCUACUUCGGCUGCAGUCGUCCUGAGUUUUGAUCCAUAUUCUCACCAUAUAUUAGCAACUCUGGUUGUUUUAGUAGUCGAUCGCAUGAUAUAACUAAGGAAUGGUUAGGUUUUUGGUUUGAGUAGCUUCAAGUGGCCGUGCUAGAGGCCUUGAUGCCUUUGUGAUGUAUAUGUUGAUUUUGCUAAGAAAAAAGCAGAGUAGAUGAACUUGAGCUUAAUUACUAAUUUGUCGCAAACAAUGAAAAAAUCUGAUUGAAUUUUUCUUGAAUCUUGAUCUUUUAGCUCCAACGGUG